AUGUCGCAUCAAGAUAUAUCGGUAUUGCGUCGUGAAGAUUCUAUCUCUACUCCAUUAAGCAUGGAACUUGUUAGCAUUCUUAAAGAAUCUAUGGGAACCAUCAAUGGCGAUCCAUAUGUUUUCGUUAUUUUUGGUGCUUCGGGAGAUUUGGCUAGAAAAAAAAUUUAUCCCACACUUUGGUGGCUUUUCCGGGAUUCACUACUUCCUUACAAUAUCUCUAUAAUUGGUUAUGCUCGAUCUGACUUAACGAUGACUUCGUUGAAAGAAAAAUUCAUCGGGCAAUGCAAGGUACUUCAUCUUGGGGAAGAAGAAAAGUUCGACAAAUUCAUAUCGCGUUGCUUGUACAUUCGUGGUAGUUACAGUGAACCAUCUGGAUUCAUUAUCCUUCAAAAUACCAUCAAAAAAAUUGAAGAAUCUUGUGAUGCAGCAGUGAACAGAUUAUAUUAUCUUGCUUUGCCUCCCGAAGUCUUCGAAUCUGUUACACUUCAGAUAAAUAAAAAUUGUAUGGAUGAUGGGCGUUCCUGGACCCGCAUUAUUAUUGAAAAACCUUUUGGCGCCGAUUCAGAAUCAUCGGCAAAAUUAUCUUUACAUUUAGAAAGAUUGUUUCGAGAAGACCAAAUCUAUCGUAUUGAUCAUUAUCUAGGCAAAGAAAUGGUGCAGAAUCUUAUGAUCUUAAGAUUUGGAAACAGGAUUUUUAAUCCUUCAUGGAAUCGUGACAAUAUAGCUGCCAUAGUUAUUUCAUUCAAAGAAAAUUUUGGGACGAGAGGUCGAGCUGGAUAUUUUGACAAAUGUGGCAUUAUUCGUGAUGUAAUGCAAAAUCAUUUAAUGCAAAUUUUGACGUUAGUUGCUAUGGAAAAACCCGUUAGUCUAAAUGCAGAGGAUAUUCGUGAUGAAAAGGUUAAAGUAAUGAAAAGUAUCAAACCCGUCCAUUUGAAAGAUAUGGUUCUUGGGCAGUAUAUCAGAAACCCUGAAGCAAUCAAUGGAGAAGAAUGCUAUGGUUAUCGUGACGACACAGGUGUUUCUGAGUUUUCAACAACACCAACUUUUGCUUUAGCAGUGUUAAAAGUUGAUAAUGAGCGUUGGGAUGGCGUUCCUUUUAUUCUUCGUUGUGGAAAAGCACUCAAUGAAUGCAAGGCAGAAGUACGAGUACAAUUUAAGGAAGUUGCGGGAGAUAUUUACCCUAAAGGACAGUUGAAAAGAACAGAACUAGUUAUAAGAGUACAACCGAAUGAAGCUGUCUAUAUCAAAUUGAUGUCUAAAAAACCAGGCAUGGGAUUUUCUGUAGAGGAAACUGAACUUGAUCUAACUUAUGGAUAUAGAUAUAAAGAUGUGCGUCUUCCUGAUGCUUAUGAGCGACUCUUUCUUGAAGUUAUAAUGGGCUCUCAAAUAGAUUUUGUUCGAACUGAUGAAUUGGAACAGUCAUGGAGAAUCUUCACUCCAGUAUUACGUCAAAUAGAAAGGGAGAAACCGGAGCCUAUUGAAUAUAUUUUCGGAAGUCGUGGACCAAAGGAAGCAGAUGAAAUGAUGGCCAAGCAUGGCUUUGCUUUUUCGGGUACUUACAAAUGGUCUUCGAGCUCACAGCGUUUUGUAGUGCAGUAA